AUGCGUGCAGUCACCGUCCGCCACAAUGGCACACGCUCGCUCACCGCCUCGUCGCUACCAUCGGCACGCAAGGCAGCCGAGCCGCCCACUGUCUUCCUCGACCUCCGCCAGUCAGCCGCGGCCAAGUCGACAAGCCGCGACUCCGUCGCACGCCGCGCCGGACCACCCGCACUCGCGCACAUCACCUCGGACUCUGAUUCAGAGUCCGACUCAGAAUCGUGCUCUGGUGGCGACGAUACCCCUCUCUCUCGCGACGAGUGGCUCCUGCGCCGCCGCGAGAUGCGUCGCAAGGCCGCCGCUGCCACCGCCGCUGCCGAGGCCAAGCCCGUUCGCAUAUCGCUCAAGUUCCGCAAAGCCAAGCCAGCGACCGCCGCGCCACCAGAAGCUACAAGGGUAUCCACAGGCAGCGACGUGGCCGCCAUACGCGAUGAGGACGGCAGCGACGACGACGCGCUCGAUCGUGAGUACGACGCCCGGGUGGCUGCUCACUCCGCCACCGCCCUCGACCACGCCAAGCCGUCGCCGCUCACAGCAUCCGUACCAUCUGCUGACUCUGGUGUCGACGUGGGUGUUUUCGCAGCGUCGGAAGCCCGUGAGGCCGAGGCGGCCCGUACCCGCGCCGCCGGUGUCCGCACCACGGCUAUUGCACUCCUCGCCUCACGUGAGGGCGUGCCGGACCUCCCCAGCGUCAUUGACAGCCUCCCUUCCAUUGCGCGCGACCCCAUGAUUGUUCUCGCGGCUGCCGACCAGCCGCCGCUGGUGGCUAGCCUCCGUAGCCCAUCGGCGGUGGUUCGGAUCGACAUGGCGCUUGUGCCGCGUGCCCAACUCGGGCCGGUUCUCGGCGCUGUGCUCGAAACGGCGCUCGUCGAGUGUGACCUUGUUUUGGCUGGCAUGGUGCUCACCUCGCGCGCGGCAAUGACCCCGCAUCUUGCGCCGUCGGCCACGCCCGAGCUUCUCAUUCUGCUCGCCGACUUGGCGCCAGGCAGCAGCACAGCACGGUCCAAGGCCAUUCCUCGACUGCAAACCACGUUGGCAGCAGUCCAGGCUGCUAACGCCAUCUCGGUCCCGUCAGCAGUCUCGGCCCGCGCCCACACGCUCUGCCUCGCGCAUCUACUCCGGCGGCCACUCUCGUUUACCGGCCAUGCCUGGCCUGCAAGAGCCAACGGCAGCGGGCGUGGCUUUCCACAUGCUGCCGCCGCUGCCGUGGCAAUCCCGUCGACACCGACGAGCGUAACGAGCCUGCUCGCACGAGCCGAGUCGUUUGGUCUCGAUCUCGUCGGCCUCCGGUCGGCGAUGCUGGAGGAGUCGCAGUCGGGACCGGCGGUGCUGAGCAUUGUGGCGGCAAUCGGCGGCUCACGCACAGCUGUCGACGGCUACACCGGCACCCUGGACGCCGGCCAAGUGCUUGGCGGCGCUGACGCCGUCGAAGCCUGGUUCGGCGGUGCUCUGCCGAACGCCCGCUCGGCUGCUGUCAAGCAACAGGUCCUCGCACCGCGGCUCCCGGCUCUGCUCUGGGGCACGCGUGCGCGCGUUGCGCUCGACAUUGUCAGCUGCUCCUCGUUCCGCACGCUGGCGGUGCUCGACACCCUCGCGCGUCGCGGCUUUGACGUGCUUGGGAUCGAGUCGCUGCCGGGCGCCGCUGGCGCCGCUUCCAUGCGCGUCGUGCUUGAACGGCCCGAUGCAUCGCGGGCACUGGCGGGAGUAGUGGACGCUCUCGACGCCGAGCUGGGCGCGCGGAACAAGUCUGGCCGAGGGACCAUGGCUAUUGUUGCGCUCGCCGGCGACGCGGUGCCCAGCCCUGGCCGCGCGCCGUCACGGGCGCACGUCGAGCGGCGACUCACCUCUCACCUCAGCCACGUAGUGCCGCGCCCGGCACCGCAUGCGCCGCAGACGCUGACGCUUGUCUUUCCGCCGGCCGCGUGGCAAGCUCAGUCGGCGCGAUCCCACGCCCUGGCACUACUCGGAAGGCUUACCGCCCGGCUCCCGCUGGCCACCGUCCACGGCUUCAAGACUGUGGCACGUCUCACUGCAUAUCAAGCCAAGGCGCUGACGCCGUUCGAGGUUGGCGACCCGGCGUGGGCGCCGUCAGUCGAGGCGCUACAGGCCGGACCGGCUGCCGCCGCCGUUGUCUCGGUCAUCAACGGCUUUGAACUUGUCGACGCCCUGCUCACUGCCGAAGGGGAGACCGGGGAUGUCCGCCCGCUACUGUCGCCGACGCCGGCUGCUGCUUUCAAGAUCAUAUGCAGCCUGUUUUGGGAUAACGAGCUUGGGCUCGACUUGGCGUCACUGCUGAGCGCCGCGGCACCACCGCUCGUUGCGGCGCACGCCGCACCGCCGGGCUGCAGCAGCACAUCGUGUCCGCCAUCGUGGUUGAUAGUCUCGGCCGUCAACACGCUCGGCCAGCUCUCGGCGUCAGUCCUCGCCAAGGUUCUAGGGCAGAUCCUUGAUCUAGACGCCGAAGUCUGCGUCGAGCAGUGCACAGUUGGCGACGACGGAGUUUGGCUCCGUCUCGGUCCGAUGGGCCGGUCUGGGAGUAUUGCUGUCACAGCGCUUGUCCGCGAGUGGUCCGCGGCAGUGGCGUUUGGCGACGCGAGUCGUGCACCGGACGAUGCCAUGGGUGCGAGCUCUGUUGUGCCCGGCCCGGUCGCCGACGUGCUGGCAUUGGUCAUCGAUGACGGCCCGCAUUCGGUCGCCGAGCUUGUGGCUGCGCUCCGGGCGCUGACUGAUACCGACAUGAUGCUCGUUUCAUUGGCCAAAGUGCAGGCCGGCUCGCCAUGGGCGCUCUGCAUCGAGGGCGUCGACGCCAUCUCGGCAUGGAGCUCAGGCGUGCCGCAUCCGACGCCUGGUGCGGCCUGGCGGGUGGUUGUCGAGCCCGAUGACGUCGCAAGCUACUUUCACACACUCCUCGAUGCCGAUGCGACGCUCGAGUGGGACCUGUGA